AUGCCUCCAGCUAGCCUCUUGUUGCAUUGGUCUCUAACUGCAGGGCUGCCAGCUGCUCUCCCCAGCCUCUCGCUGGAGCUUACUGUCCUCUACAACUCCCUGCUUUUUGCUGUUAGUGAGUCGGACGGCCUCGUCGAGGGAGAAGCAGAAAGAAUCAACCAUGGGCUCAUUAGGGUGCUGGAGGCUUGUGGGGUGUCUGGGCAGGAUCUCAGCACAGAGGAGCUCUGGCAGAAAGUGCUGCAGGAUGUGACCACGGCAGAGCUGUGCGCACCUCUGCAUCGACUAGGUGCUCUGCAGGGAGCGGUAUGGCUGGCAGCAAACUGCCUGGGGAGCGUCACUGGUCUCUUCCGGCUCCUGAGUGACACCAAGGGCCCGCUGCCUUCUGCCCACGGGGGUGAGAAUGAGCUCCUUGCGCUUCUCAAGGCAUGGAGUGUGCCUGUUGAGGGGGACACGUCGCCCCUCGUGGUGCAGAGCACCAAGGACUUGAAAGAGAUACUGUGGACCUCAGCUGCCUUCCUGCAAGGUUUGCAGGGCUUGGAGGCUGGGAAUCUCCCCACAGCUCUCUCCCUGCUCCAGGCAGCUGCAUCCGGGUUCUGCUCCAAGAGGGUCCUGGCCCAGAUCUACACCUGCAUCGGCUGCUGCACUCAGCAAAUGGGCAAGCCUCAGACUGCUCUUCAGCACUUGAAGCGGGCGCUGCAGGUGGAUUUCCAGUGCCUCUCUGCCCUGUCCCAGGCGGCGCUGGUGUACCGCCAGCUGGGGGAGACGGACGCAGAGUUGGAGGCCCUGGCUCUGCUGUACAAGGCUCUGGAGACCCCCGCUCAGGAGGCUGUCUCCAUCGAUCCUUGCUUUCUAAUCCGAACGGAGCUCCUUGUUCACACCCCGGCCCUGGCAUCCCUGUUCAGCCGCAGCCACCCGUCGGAAGUGAAGUACCUGCUGGCGCAGCGAUGCCUCCAGGCUGGCAGGGUGGGUGAGGCAGUGGAGCAUUACCUGGAUCUUCUGGCUCUGCUGCAGGAGGGGCCGCAGCACCAGGUGCCCCUGCACGGCAGGUCAGCUCUGCCCAGGAUCCCGGAGGUGUUCCUGGAAGCUGCGUCCGCCCUCGAGCAGCUCGGGAGGUACCAGGACGCCAUAGCUGUGUGUGAGGAGAUCAUCAGUCGAACGGAUGACCUGAUCCCGGAGACGCUGCGGAUCGAAUUGGACUCUGGUGCUGGAGGGGAGGCGCCAGGGAGUGCAGGCUCCCCUUCACCUGGCAUCCCACCCCAGCAGAGAGAGAGCCUGCGCUGCAUCGUGUGGAGGGCAGCUGCGUAUCUGCACCAGGGCCGGGCUUGGGCCAGGCUGGGGGAGAGCAAGGAAGCCAUAACACGGUUUACCAGGUGCCUUAAUGUCCUCCUGAGAGUCCAGCUCGUGAGCGCAGCCAGCAUCCAGAGCGGCGAGGAGAUGGCAGAGGCCCUGCCAGAGGCAAAGGUGCUCCAGAAGAUCAGGUUGCUGGCUCUCCUCGGACGAGGCUCCCAGUUCCAGGAGCUGGGUCGGGACAAAGAAGCUUUGAUGAAUUUCCAGCACAGUCUGCAAGUUUGCCCAGGUGACCCUGCUGCCACCUCUCACCUGCUGCGAGCUCUGUGGAAGCUGAACCGAAGGCAGGAGGCUGCUGCUCUCUGGCAGAAGUUGCCCGCGGACGCUGCCCCGGCAGACGGACAGCAGGAAGCACCGGGGAGGCCCUACCCGUUGUACCUGGUGUCGUGUCUAAAGCAGGUGAACCUCCCACACGAUGAGUCUCUUGCUAGGAGUCUGCAGGACUAUCUGAGGACCAGUGGCCAGGAUCCUUAGAGCCAUCCCCAUCUCCCUCCCCACAGUCACGCAACUGCUAAAAUCUCUUUCCCUGCAGAGGGCAGCAGGACGGCAUUCUGCUCUGAUGGCUUUCCCAGGACUCUGACUUGCCCUUGGGCAGAAGAACUCUUCCUAGCCAAGGCACCGAAGCACAAUGAAGCUAUUUUUUUGGUAAUAAAAAGGACGCGGGAGUCGGCCACGCCCCAGUGUGUUCGGCUUACGCACACUCUUCUAAACCUCUCCUGGACUGUCUACGUUAAGAGUGAAGCAUUGUGUGCUGCAGGGCGCUUGCCCGAGCGCUGUCGGGAAUGGCGUGAGCCUCCUGCCUCCAUGUCCCCUCGCCGUGGAGAGUGGGGCUACCUGCGUGCUGGAUCCAUUGGGCCAUGCCUACCGUAGGAGCACAGGUGUGUGUUUUAACACGUUAGCA